GUUUACGGCCCUCGACAACACAGCGACCUCGACAAUUCCCUGGACCCACGACCUCCACGCCCAGUACGAUUCUUCCACUCUGCGAUAGUGCAGCUGAUCUUCGACUUCAGCUCUCGAUUGUUUUCUUUUCUGCAAAAAUCAAUGCUAUUUGCACCAACAAACUACCCCUCCUUACGUUCACCGCCCCACCAGAGCAGAAGACGGAGCAGAUUAACGUGCAUCAAUUAAUACUCGACACUCAUUAGCACACUCGAUCACCACCCGCAAACAUGGAGAACUACCACAAGUUAGAGAAGGUCGGAGAAGGAACAUAUGGUGUUGUAUACAAGGCCAAAGAUCUCCUGCACAACAAUCGAAUCGUUGCUUUGAAGAAGAUCCGUCUCGAGGCCGAGGAUGAGGGUGUUCCCAGUACCGCCAUCCGUGAGAUCUCGCUGCUCAAGGAGAUGAACGACCCAAACAUCGUUCGACUCUUCAAUAUCGUCCACGCAGAUGGCCACAAGCUCUACCUUGUCUUCGAAUUCCUCGACCUCGACUUGAAGAAAUAUAUGGAGUCGCUUCCAGUCAGUGACGGUGGCAGAGGCAAGGCUCUCCCUGAGGGCUCUGGACCGGAUUUGGGAAGACUUGGCUUGGGUGACGCGAUGGUCAAGAAGUUCAUGAGCCAGUUGUGCGAGGGUGUGCGAUACUGCCAUAGCCAUCGUAUUCUCCACCGUGAUCUCAAGCCUCAAAACUUGUUAAUUGACCGCGAUGGUAACUUGAAGCUGGCUGAUUUCGGUCUUGCUCGCGCCUUUGGUGUCCCCCUUCGAACAUACACUCACGAGGUCGUUACUCUCUGGUACAGAUCACCUGAGAUUCUGCUGGGAGGUCGCCAAUACUCUACUGGUGUUGACAUGUGGUCUGUUGGAUGUAUCUUUGCCGAGAUGUGUACCAGAAAGCCACUUUUCCCAGGUGAUUCCGAGAUUGACGAGAUCUUCAAGAUCUUCAAGCUCCUAGGUACCCCCACCGAAGCCGAAUGGCCAGGCGUCAUGGACAAGACCUGUUUCCCCGACUUCAAACCCUCCUUCCCCAAGUGGAUCCGCGACGAGUCGAUACCUCUCUGCUCGAACCUGGAUGAGAAGGGAUUGGAUCUUCUUGAGCACAUGUUGGUGUACGACCCCGCUGGGCGAAUCUCCGCCAAGCAGGCUUGCAUGCAUCCUUACUUCGAGGAAGGCAGUUCCGCAUACUCUGGUCGUGGUCUCGGCCCAACAUACACCAAGAAUGGAUACCAUUGAGGCUCCCUCCAUUCGGUGGAUCUUUACGAUGUGACGAAAGCUUAGCAUAUCACUAUCGCGAGCUUGGAUAUGCAAACAUCACAUACACGAAAAUAAAAACAUGAAUACAGUGUGCGAAGACAUAGCAAGCAGGCUGAGGGUUUAUGACAUGGUCUGCAAUACACAUUACGCAAACAAAACAAAGCGCACAAUACAACUCCUUUUUCUCUUUUGUUAGGUGGGAGGGAUGGAGCAUGGAUGGCAGGAAAUGAAAUGAUAUGGUAUUGCAUUGGGGGGUAGGGUUGGCGUCAUCUGGGGGCUUGCUUGUCUUGUCUUGCCUAUUUUGCUUGCCUGCUUGCUUUGCAUACCUUCUUCGAAAUCGAUGACUUGGGUCGAUUGAUUUCUAUAUUUCGCGUGCGAUGCUUACCUGAGUGGUUGAGGCUUUUUCUCUCUCUAUCUUUUCUUUCUUGCACUGUACUGUACAGAAAGAGUGGAUGGGCGGCGAUACACCGGGAUCUCGAUCUCGGGUCAUUGAUUCCGGGCUUGCUGCCUUUAGUGUGUUAAUAGAGAAAAUGCAAUUGAACGAAGAAAACGAACCUUGGGCUGGGAAAACACCAUGCAAAGCUAUCAAGUGUGUAUAUGUAUGA